GCGGGACGGACCGAAAGCCGGGCGCCAGCUGAGGCGGGGACACAGGUGGGCGUGGGGUCCUGGUCUCCGGUGCCACCCACCGGCGGGUAUCCUGUCUGGUUCAUGUCACUGGGAGUGUCCACGGCGCGGGAGCUCCUGGGACGCCGAGUCUGAGCAGCUGAUGGGCCAAGAGGCGGUGCCCCCCUUCUGCUCACCUGAACUCAGAUUGAGGAUGGAUGGCCGAAGAUCCUUGAGACAGCUUCACUGAAAGGGAGGAGCGCUGUCCGGCCCAGCUGCCCGGUGUUGGCCCCCCGGGGGGACACCCCUGGCGUCCAGAUUAGGAUCAUGACUCCUGGGAGCAGCCACGGCAUGGCGGAGAGCAUCUUUGACCUGGACUAUGCUUCCUGGAAGAUCCGCAUGACCCUAGCGGUAGCCGGCUUUGUCUUCUACCUGGCCGUCUUUGUGGUCUGCCACCAGCUGUCGUCCUCCCUGAAUGCCACCUACCGCUCCCUGCUGGCCAAAGAGAAGGUCUUCUGGAACCUGGCGGCCACCCGCGCCGUCUUCGGGGUGCAGAGCACCGCCGCCGGCCUGUGGGCUCUGCUGGGGGACCCUGUGCUCCACGCCGACAAGGCCCUGGGGCAGCGGAACUGGUGCUGGUUUCACGUCACCACGGCCACUGGGUUCUUCCUCUUCGAGAACGCGGCCGUCCACCUGUCCAACCUGUUCUUCCGGACGUUCGACGCGUUCCUGGCUGUCCACCACCUCUUCGCCUUCCUUGGGUUCCUGGGUUCGUCGGUCAAUCUCAGGGCCGGCCACUACCUGGCCAUGACCACGUUGCUCUUGGAGAUGAGCACACCUUUCACCUGCGUUUCCUGGAUGCUCCUGAAGGCUGGCUGGUCAGACUCCCUGUUCUGGAAGGUCAACCAGUGGUUAAUGAUCCACAUGUUUCACUGCCGCAUGAUCCUCACCUACCACAUGUGGUGGGUGUGCUUCCAGCACUGGGGCGCCCUGGUCGGCAGCCUGUACCUGCCUCACUUUGCGCUCUUCCUCUGCGGGCUGGCCCUGCUCACACUCAUCCUCAACCCCUACUGGACGCACAAAAAGACCCAGCAGCUUCUUAACCCCGUGGACUGGAACUUCGCCCAGCCCGAAACCAAGGGCAGCAGGCAGGAAAGGACCAAUGGCCAGGUGCCUCAGAAAAAGAGGCUCUAGCGCUCCUGGGGACCCCGUGACUCCACAGAGGGUGACUCUUCCCGAGGAGCUCGUGAACGAGGUGAAUACACUCGUUACGUAGGUGAAUACUAACUUGCCCUUUAGUGUUAGUUCUGAAGUAGCCAUGAAGUAUUGCUGGGACGUUGAUCUGCCUUGCAGGAGGUCUCGGCCGUCACGGUCGUCUUCCGAUUCCUCUGGUGUGGGCUCAGCCAUGCUGUGUCUGCCAGGGCCAGGGUCAGGGGAAGAGCCAUGGUGGCCAGGUGUGCAAACCUGCUAAAGGAGGCCAGCCUGAAUACUUGAAAGCACCGCGUUAGGAAGGACCCCGGGUGGGUGUGGACGAGUCAGCACGCUCACAGUCUGCGUGCCUUAUUUGGAAGUCACGUUCUUUCUCAUUACAAAGAACUGGCCUAAGAAAAUGUGAUUUUUGCUGAUUUUCGUGACACUUUCCCAGCCCGUGGAAUUUUCAGCCCGUGACACAGCGGCGCCCUCUAGUGGCAAGUGGCGGAAGGACGCAGUUCUGGUAAAAAGGUUUUUCUCAAUAGCUGAGUGGUCCUAGAGUUUAUCCACCCCUCCUGGCAUGGUGUCUGGAUCUUCGAGCUUAUUUCUAAUUGACCGAACUGGCUAGCCUAGCCCCCAAUUCUGCUCUGUCAAUUUCAAGGCAGGGCAGUGACUUUCCCCCCCUGUGGGCUGUGAGGGGGUCCCUGUACCCAGAGAUGCUCGGCCCGAGUUGCCACAACACAGAACAAACAGGCAGCUUGCUUGAUGUGACCAUCGGCAAGUGUCCCUUACCCACACUGUGGGUGGGACAUCCAAACACCGGCUGCCAGUGUUAUCGGCAGACGCGGAAACUUUCCCCAAAAGUAUACAAUUAAAGUACAAAAACCACCUUUGAAAUGGUAAUUGCCCUUGAAAAUCAUGUGUGACUUAUGCUUGCCAUGGAUCGUGGGCCUCACAGCAUGUUUUGAAUACUAGUGCUUUUAACUUUAUCAGGAUGUAUGAUGCCUAUUUAUUUCAUUCUGCGAAGGUCUUUAUUUUAUGUCCCUAAGAGUAUCAGCUAAAAACCCUGGAGCUCCUAUACCCGUUUUGUGCAGGCACGGGCCUGGCAGUUUUUAACUGGGCAGAAGCAUAAUAAAGUUAUAGCUGUUUACAGAAACAAA